GCAUUCCUUUGGCACAGGAUGAAGACCAGCUCAGCUCUUCAGUGUUGAUCAUUGUCUAUUGUUCUCCAAACAGUAAACCACUAUUUCACACUGAGAUUGUCGGCUGCCGGUGUAUUCCAAUUCCCUGUCUCCUCAUGACUAUGAAGUGAAGGGCUCUGACCCUGAAAGUGGUUCUAAGCAGGGCAAAAUGGGGUCUCAGAAGUGUGGAGGCUGCCUAAGUUGUCUGCUGAUUCCGCUUGCAUUUUGGAGUAUAAUCGUGAACAUAUUAUUGUAUUUCCCGAAUGGGCAAACUUCCUAUGCAUCCAGCAAUAAACUCACCAACUACGUGUGGUAUUUUGAAGGAAUUUGUUUCUCAGGCAUCAUGAUGCUUAUAGUAACAACAGCUCUUCUGGUACUGGAGAAUAAUAACAACUAUAAAUGUUGCCAGAGUGAGAACUGCAGCAAAAAAUAUGUGACACUGCUGUCAAUUAUCUUUUCUUCCCUUGGAAUUGCUUUUUCUGGAUACUGCCUGGUCAUCUCUGCCUUGGGUCUUGUCCAGGGGCCAUAUUGCCGCACCCUUGAUGGCUGGGAGUAUGCUUUUGAAGGCACUGCUGGACGUUUCCUUACAGAUUCUAGCAUAUGGAUUCAGUGCCUGGAACCUGCACAUGUUGUGGAGUGGAACAUCAUUUUAUUUUCCAUUCUCAUAACCCUCAGUGGGCUUCAAGUGAUCAUCUGCCUCAUCAGGGUAGUCAUGCAACUAUCCAAGAUACUGUGUGGAAGCUAUUCCGUGAUCAUCCAGCCUGGAAUCAUUUGAAUAAGGACAAAAUGUUUGCCAUUAUCAAGACAUGGCCAUCUAUCUAAAUAUUAUAUCAACUGUGUAGACUUGAGGGCAAUAUUGAAAUGAUGGUGCUUUCUGCAUUUGGUGUUUAUUUGUAAAAUUUGCAGUCCUCACUGCACAUGCAAGUAUACCACCCUUCCAUUUAGUAUGUUUUUUAAGUAAUGUGCAUCAGAAACUUCAGAAAUACUUCUGCCCUUUGAUCAAACAAAUCCAUUUCCAAGAAUCUGUACUGGGAAGUAAAUAAGAAUAUGAGAGAAAACUUUAUGCAAAUAUGUAUAUUGCAACAUUGUUUAAUAUUCUGGAAAAUUGGAAACACCCCAAAAUUCUAAACUCAGAGGAAGGAUUAAGUAAAGAGUGGUACAUACUGUAAAUGCUUUCUGAUAUUAAAAAAAUAAAUAAAUAAAGAGUACUACAUGGUUGUAAAA